AUGGAUGAAACUAAAAUCAAGAAGGAUACAUGGGCAACCAACCAGAAUGUGGAAUACAUUGACGAAUCUGAUGUUUUUGACAGGAUCUGGCAUUUCCGUCGGUUUUACAGCAGUGUGUUGUUUUACGGUGGUAGAUCUAUGGUAGAGGCAACGGAGAUUCUUGAGAAGGAAGAGGAUGAUUUUGAACAAUUAGCGAAGAACCCUGCAAGUGUUCCCCCUAUUGAAAUCAUGGACAAGGCCCUUGAGAAAUUUGGAAAUGAUAUAGUUAUUGCUUUUAAGUUGAUUAUCUUACUUAAUUCUUUAGUUAGGUUUUCUGUUUAA